UUGCUCAACUUGUUUACGUUUUAGAGCUCUUUUGUGAUAAAUGUCAUCGUAUAUUGCAAAGUUCCUCGAUUCUAUUCUACCUUUUCAGUUAGUCUAACUAAAAAGUUAACUCGGUGACAAUAACACGUUUUCCCGUUUCUUUCCCAGCAAGUAUAUCGAGUAAAACGACAAAAUGGAUCCGGACUAUUAUGAUGAAUUCGGCAACUACAUUGGCCCUGAAUUGGCCUCUGAUAGCGAAGAUGAUAACGACUAUGGAAAUGCCGGAGAGGACAUUGAUGAUCAUGACCGAUCGGAUGAGGAUAUGGAAGAGGAGAAGGAUGAGACCAGGGAAAGCGCAGAGCCCAAUUCCAUGGCAGUAGUGCUCCACGAAGACAAGAGGUACUAUCCCAGCGCUUUGGAAGUUUACGGACCAGAUGUCGAGACACUUGUGCAAGAGGAAGAUGCUCAGCCCCUGGACAAACCCCUGGUGGCACCUACGAAAAAGGCAAAGUUUCAAAUUAAACAACAGCAACUACCUGAAACCACUUAUAGUAUUGACUACUUAGCUGAUUUGAUGGACUGUCCUGAUUUGAUUCGUAAUGUCGUACUGCUUGGUCACUUGCAUCAUGGCAAAACAACAUUGGUUGAUUGCUUGAUUAGACAAACUCACCCUUACAUGCAUUCGGUUACAGAUGAGAAACCUUUGAGGUACACAGACACAUUAUUCACCGAGCAACAGAGAGGAGUAUCUACUAAAGCAGUACCAGUUACCCUUGUCUUACCUGAUGUCAAAUCCAAAUCUUUUCUCCUCAAUGUCUUCGAUACACCUGGUCAUGUAAAUUUUUCUGAUGAAGCUACUGCAGCAAUUCGUUUAUGCGACGGUGCAGUUUUGCUGGUUGAUGCUGCGGAGGGUGUCAUGCUGAACACAGAAAGGCUAUUGAAACAUGCUUUGCAAGAAAAGCUAGCAUUGACAGUCUGCAUUAAUAAAAUCGACAGACUAAUUCUGGAAUUGAAAUUGCCUCCUCUAGAUGCUUACUACAAACUUCGUCAUAUUAUUGAAGAAGUGAACAGUUUGAUAGCCUUGCAUUCAGAUACAGAGAAUCCUGGAUUCGUUUCACCUGCCAUAGGCAAUGUAUGCUUUGCUAGUUCAGAGUACAACGUGUGCUUCACGUUAAAAUCGUUUGCUGCGCUCUAUGCCAAGCAGUCUGGAUCGGGUGUAAACGUAAACGAGUUUUCAAAAAGACUGUGGGGUGAUGUUUACUUCAAUAAUAAAACGAGAAAAUUCACGAAGAAACCACCUCACAACACAGCCCAAAGAAGUUUUAUCGAGUUUAUACUCGAACCGAUUUAUAAAAUAUUUGCACAGGUUGUGGGUGAUGUAGACACGACGCUUCCCAAUGUACUGGAUGAGCUCGGAAUUCGUCUUACAUCCGAGGAAAUGAAAAUGAACAUCAGACCUUUGCUCAGGCUUGUGUGCACUAGAUUCUUUGGAGACAUGUGCGGAUUUGUCGAUAUGUGCGUCGCGCAUAUACCCAAUCCCAAGAGCAACGCUCUGACAAAGGUCUCCCACAUUUAUUCGGGUCCAACAGAUUCUCUGCUUGCUCAAGACAUGAUUGAAUGUAGCCCAGAGGGACGGCUGAUGAUUCACAGUACAAAGAUGUACCCCACAGAAGACUGUACACUUUUCCACGUUCUUGGCAGAGUAAUGUCUGGAACACUGACUGCCGGCGAAAAGGUCCGAGUCCUUGGCGAGGCUUAUACACGCCAGGACGAGGAAGACUCUCGGAUCAUAACCGUGGGACGAUUGUGGGUGAGCGAAGCGCGCUACAAUAUCGAAGUCAGCGAGGUACCUGCCGGCAAUUGGGUGCUUAUAGAGGGCAUCGACAGGUCGAUCGUUAAAACGAGCACCAUCACUGACCUCACAGACUCCGAAGACCUGGCGAUCUUCCGUCCACUUAAAUUCAACACUCAGAGCAUCAUCAAAAUAGCCGUUGAACCAGUGAAUCCUUCGGAAUUGCCUAAGAUGUUGGAUGGUUUGCGUAAGGUUAACAAGAGUUAUCCGUUACUGGGUACGAGAGUCGAGGAGAGUGGAGAGCACGUGGUUUUGGGUACUGGAGAGUUGUACCUUGAUUGCGCUAUGCACGAUUUGAGACGCAUGUACUCGGAGAUCGAUAUCAAAGUUGCGGACCCCGUUGUGGCGUUCGCAGAGACGGUUGUGGAGACGAGUUCGCUCAAAUGCUUCGCUGAAACGCCCAAUAAAAGAAACAAGUUGACGAUGAUCGCCGAGCCGCUCGAAAGAAACUUGGCAGAGGACAUCGAGGCAGAGAAAGUGAAGAUCACGUGGAACAAGAAAAAGCUCGGCGAGUUUUUCCAGCAGAAGUACGACUGGGAUCUGCUGGCCGCUCGAAGUAUCUGGGCUUUUGGCCCGGAUGCCACGGGUCCGAAUAUUUUAGUCGAUGAUACCUUGCCCUCCGAGGUGGAUAAAUCACUGCUGAAUAGCGCUCGCGAAGCCAUAAUUCAGGGCUUCCAGUGGGGAACUCGAGAGGGUCCCCUAUGCGAGGAACCUAUAAGGAACGUCAAAUUCAAAAUUCUUGACGCUGUUAUUGCUCAAGAGCCCCUUCAUCGUGUUGGUGGUCAAAUCAUUCCAACUGCGCGUCGAGUCGCCUACUCUGCCUUCUUGAUGGCGACGCCACGUCUAAUGGAGCCAUACCUCUUUGUGGAAGUUCAGGCACCGGCCGACUGCGUCUCAGCGGUGUACACGGUGCUGGCCAAGCGUCGAGGACACGUAACGCAGGAUGCUCCGGUUCCGGGUAGUCCGCUCUACACGAUCAAGGCCUUUAUCCCUGCGAUCGAUAGUUUCGGCUUCGAGACCGAUCUGCGUACGCAUACUCAGGGUCAAGCCUUCUGUCUGUCGGUCUUCCAUCACUGGCAGAUAGUUCCCGGUGACCCCCUGGACAAGAGUAUCACUAUCAGGCCGCUAGAACCGCAACCUGCCACACAUCUCGCUAGGGAAUUCAUGUUGAAGACCAGGAGAAGGAAAGGACUGUCGGAGGAUGUGUCCAUCAACAAAUUCUUCGACGAUCCUAUGUUGCUCGAGCUGGCGCGGCAGGACGUGCUUCUUAAUUACCCGUUGUAAAGUGAUGAUGAUGCAAGAGUGUACGAGUGAAUGGAAUGUAUGUUUUGCACUUUUAUUACGAGGGGUUGCUCUGUGAAAGCAGUUCUCGUUGUCCGGGUGAUCAAGGUGAAAGAUAGUUCUCUCGAAUGAUUUAUAGAAUAAUAUUUUAUUAAUGUUGUACGCAAAAUUCGUCAGGAGAACUCUCUUUCGUUGAGAAACUCAGGAGAUUAAUUUUCAAUAAGACAACGAGAUGAAGCCUUAUUUAAUAGAAUUCUUGAAUCGUCUCUCCUCGAACAUUCUUAUAAUUUAAGCUUACCAAAUGAAUUGUAAAAAGUUUAAGAUAUGAAGGAAUAAACGCCACUAUAAGAACCAG